AUGUUUUUUUACUGUCUUUGUUGUUUAUAUUGUUGUUCUUUGUUUGGGAGCAUUUUUGUCUCGUUCAUCCUUUUUUUAACUCGUUCAUCCUAUUUUGUUCUUGUUCAUCCAUUUUGUUCUUGUUCACCCUUUUUUGUUUUGGUACAUCGUUUUUGUUCUUGUUCAUCCAUUUUUAUUCUCGUUCAUCCUUUUUUGUUCUCGUUCAUCCUUUUUAGUUCUCGUUCAUCCUUUUUAGUUCACGUUCAUCCUGUUUUGUUCUCGUUCAUCCAUUUUUAUUCUCUUCUCGUUCAUCCUUUUUUGUUCUCCUUCAUCAUUUUUUGUUCUUUUUUGUUCUUGUUUAUCCUCUUUUCUAGUUCAUCCUUUUUAGUUCUCGGUCAUCUUUUUUGUUCUUGUUCAUCCUUUUUAGUUCCCGUUCAUCAUUUUUUUCUCGUUCAUCAUUUAUGUUUUUGUUCAUUCUUUUUUUUCUCGUUCACCUUUUCUGUUCUUGUUCACCCACUUUUGAACUCGUUCAUCAUUUUUUGUUUUUGUUCAUCCAUUUUCUUCUCAUUCAUCCUUUUUUGUUCUUGUUCAUCAAAUUGUUCUCCUUCAUACUUUUUUGUUCCUGUUCAUCCUUUAUUUCUCCUUCAUCCUUUUUUGGUCGUGUUCAUCGUUUUUUUUUUUUUUUUCUCGUUCAUACUUUUUUGUUCCCCCUCAUCAUUUUUCUCGUUCAUCAUUCUUAGUAAUCGUUCAUCCUUUUUUGUUUCGUGGUCAUCCUUUUAUUCCUCGUUCCUUCUUUGUUCUUGUUCAUCUUUUUUUUUUUCUCGUUCAUCAUUUUUUUGUUCUUUUUCAUCAUUUUUAGUUCUCGAUCAUCCUUUCUUGUUCUCGUUCAUCCUUUUUUGUUCAUUUCAACCGUUUUUUGUUCUUGUUCCUCAUUUUUUGUUCUCCUUCGUCCUUUUUUUUCAUUCAUCCUUUUUGUUCUUGUUCAUACAUCAUUUUUCUUGGUCAUCCUUUUUUGUUCUCCUUCAUCCUUUUUUGUUCUUCUUCAUCCUCUUUUUUCAUUCAUCCUUUUUGUUCUUGUUUAUACUUCAGAUUUUCUUGUUCAUCCUUUUUUCUCGUUCAUCCUUUUUUGUUCUCCUUCAUCAUUUUUUGCUUUUGUUCAUUCUCUUUUUUCUAGUCCAUCCUUUUUGUUUAUUCUUCUUGUUUAUUUUUUUAGUUUCCGUUCAUCCUUUUUUUUCUCCCUCUUUUUUCUCGUUCAUCCUUUUUUGUUCUCAUUCACCCCUUUUUGAUGUUGUUCAGCCUCUUUUUUCUCGUUCAUCCUUUUUUGUUCUCGUUCAUCCUUUUUUGUUCUCGUUCAUCCUCUUUUGUCUAUUCCCGUUCAUCAUUUUUGUUCUUGUUCGUCCUUUUGUUCUCCUUUAUACUUUUUUGUUCUUGUUCAUCAUUUUUCUUUCCUUGUUCAUCCUUUUUUUUUCAGGUUCAUCGUUUUCAGUUCUUAUUCGUCAUUUUUCUUUCCUUGUUCAUCCCUUUUUACUCGUUCAUCAUCUUUUGUUCCCGUCCAUCCUUUUUUUUUAUUCUCGUUCAUCUUUUUGUUCUUGUUCAUCCUUUUUCUUCUCUUCUCGUUCAUCCUUUUUUGUUCUCGCCCAUCCUUUCUUACUGUUCUCGUUCAUGCUUUUUUUCUCGUUCAUCCUUUUUUGUUCUCGUUCAUCCUUUUUGGUUGUUGUUCAUCCUCUUUUUUUCGUUUAUCCUUUUUUGUUCUCGUUCAUCCUUUUUGGUUGUUGUUCAUCCUCUUUUUUUCGUUUAUCCUUUUUUGUUCUCGUUCAUCCUUUUUGGUUGUUGUUCAUCCUCUUUUUUCAUCCUUUUUUUGUUCUCGUUCAUCCUUUUUGGUUGUUGUUCAUCCUCUUUUUUUCGUUUAUCCUUUUUUGUUCUCGUUCAUCCUUUUUGGUUGUUGUUCAUCCUCUUUUUUUUCGUUUAUCCUUUUUGUUCUCGUUCAUCCUUUUGGUUGUUGUUCAUCCUCUUUUUUCGUUUAUCCUUUUUUGUUCUCGUUCAUCCUUUUUGGUUCAUCCUUUUUUUUCGUUUAUCCUUUUUUGUUCUCGUUCAUCCUUUUUGGUUGUUGUUCAUCCUCUUUUUUAUAGUUCAUCCGAUUUAGGUCUUGUUCAUCCUUUUUUGUUCUUGUUCAUCCUUUUUUUCUCGUUUAUACUUUUUUGUUAUUGUUCAUCCUUUUGUUUUGCAUCCUUUUUUCUUCUUGUCCGUUUUUGUUCUCGUUCAUUCCUUUUUUUCUCGUACAUACUUUUUUGUUCUCGUUCAUUCUCUUUAGUUCUCAUUUAUUUUUAUUUUUUUCGUUCUUGUUCAUCAUUUUUUGUUCUCGGUCAUCUUAUUUGUUUUUGUUCAUCCUUUUUAGUUCCAGUUCAUCUAUUUUUAUUCUGGUUCAUCCUUUUUUGUUCUCGUUCUUUUUUGUACUUCAUCCAGUUUUUUUUGUUUUGUUUUUUUCUACCUUUUUUGUUCUUGUUCAUCAUUUUUUGUUCUUGUUUAUCCUUCUUUGUUCUUGUUCAUCUAUUUUUUGUCGUUCAUCCUGUUUUCUAUUUCUUCAUUCUGUUUUGUCCUCGGUCUUCAUUUUUUUGUUCUUGUUCAUCCUUUUUUUUCUCGUUCAUUCCUUUUUCUCGUUCAUUCUUUUUAGUUCUCGUUCAUCUUUUUUGUUCUUGUUCAUCUUGUUCGUUCUUUUUUUCUUCUCGUUCAUACUUAUUUGUUCCUGUUCAUCUUUUUUUCUCGUACGUCCUUUUUUGUACUCGUUCAUCCUUUUUUGUUCCCGUUCUUCCUUUUUGUUCUUGUUCAUCAUUUUUUGUUCUUGGUCAUCGUUUUUUCUCGUUCAUCCAUUUUUGUUCUUGUUCUUCCUUUUUAAUUCUCGUUCAUCUUUUUUUGUUCUCGUUCAUCCUUUUCUGUUCUUGUUCAUCCUUUCUUUUCUCGUUCAUCCUUUUUUCUCGUUCAUCCUUUUUUCUCGUUCAUCCUUUUUUGUUUUUGUUCAUCUUUUUUUUCUCGUUCAUUCUUUUUUCUCGAUCAUCCUUUUUUCUCUCAUUCAUCCUUUUUUGUUCUCGUUCAUCCUCUUUUUUCUCAUUCAUCCUUUUUAGUUGUCGUUUAUCCUUUUUAGUUCUUGUUCAUCCUUCUUUGUUCCUGUUCAUGCCUUUUUUCUCGCUCGUCCUUUUUUGUUCUCGUUCAUCCUUUUUUUUUCUUUCUUCCAUUUUUAUUCUUGUUCAUAAAUUUUUGUUCUUGUUCAUCCUUUUUUAUUUUUUUCAUCCUUUUUGUUCUCGUUCAACUUUUUUUAUUCUCUCUCGUUCUUCCUUUUUUUCUCGUUCAUCCUUUUUUUUUCUUGUUCAUCCUUUUUUGUUCCCGUUCAUUCUUUUUUUUUUUUUUUGUUCUUGUUCAUUCUGA